UGGACAUCAAUGGACAUGGAAUGUACCCUAAAUUGUAGAAUCACUCAUUUGCCAGGAAGAUUAUUAAAUUAUUGAAGACAAACAGAGUUAAUAACGACAUUUUAAAAACGAAUUUUAUUUUAUUUUUGGGGUAGAUAAUUCCGGUCCACCCUCCAGUACAGUAGGAGGCAGUAACGCGCCUUUUCCGCUGGUUUCCACCCUCCAUACCCCCGUCAGAAGAAGAGGAUGUGUCUCCGGGGUCCAGCAGCAGAGCUCCGGGAGUCCACAGUCCGAUAGUAAACAUCCCAUCACGGUGGCUCUUCUGGAGGAAAAGAACCGCAGUAGCUGGGAGCCAUGAGCCGCCCGUCCUCAGAGGGGGCAGGCGGGGGGAAACCAGGCGCGGUGAAGCACGGAGGAUCCGGAGGUCCUGCCGCGUCUGCCGCUAUAUCGGUAGCCGCCGCCGCUGCAGCGUCAACCGGCGUUAGCUCUCUUCCUGGACCGGGGACCUCCGCCGCGGCUCCUUCUUUCUCCCUCACCGUGGGCGGUCUCCAGUCCCCGGAGCUCACGGCCCUGUUUGAGUGCCCGGUGUGCUUCGACUACGUGCUGCCGCCCAUUCUUCAGUGCCAGGCGGGCCACUUGGUGUGUAACGCGUGCCGCCAGAAGCUGAGCUGCUGCCCGACGUGCCGCGGCCCGCUCAGCCCCAGCAUCCGGAACCUGGCAAUGGAGAAGGUGGCGUCCACUCUGCCCUUCCCCUGCAAGUUCUCGUCGGCCGGCUGCCUGCUCUCUCUGCACCACAGCGAGAAGCCUGAGCACGAGGAGGUGUGUGAGUUCAGACCGUACACCUGUCCCUGUCCUGGAGCCACCUGCAAGUGGCAUGGAGCUCUGGAGGCUGUGAUGCCUCACCUGAUGCACGCCCACAAGUCUAUUACUACACUGCAGGGCGAGGACAUCGUGUUCCUGGCGACGGACAUCAACCUGCCGGGCGCGGUGGACUGGGUGAUGAUGCAGUCGUGCUUCAGCCACCACUUCAUGCUGGUCCUGGAGAAGCAGGAGAAGUACGAGGGCCACCAGCAGUUCUUCGCCGUCGUUCUCCUCAUCGGAACCAGAAAACAGGCGGAAAACUUCGCCUACCGCCUGGAGCUCAACGGGAACCGGCGGAGACUCACCUGGGAAGCGACACCGCGUUCGAUUCACGACGGAGUUUCUGCGGCAAUUAUGAACAGCGACUGCUUGGUUUUCGACACGUCUAUCGCUCACCUGUUCGCCGACAACGGGAACCUGGGCAUCAAUGUCACCAUCUCCAUGUGCUGAGGUAAAACAAACUGCUGUAGUAGAGACGAUUUCUAUCGAGAUAGAUGGAAGGAGUGAAAGAGGUUUUGAUCGCUAUGGACAGGACGUUCGGACGCCGAUUCCUCGAAGACAGGGAUUCUUUUUUUCCCCGUUCUCCAUAAAAACUGUGGAUGUUUUAGAGCUGCAGAAAUAUACCAUAUACGUUUUUUUUUCCCGUGUUCGCAAUAUUCUCUCCGCAGACUGAGAGUGGGACUAAAACUGGAUGUUUCAGAGCUGCAGAAAUAUACCAUAUACUGUUUAAUGUAUGGAGGGAGAAAACUGCCAAAAUAACAAAUACAUAAAUAAUGUUAAGUUGAUAAUAUGCCGUUAAAUGCAUUAAAAAUAAUAUUAGAGGUAAGCAAGGAUUAAUUGAUGAAUAUGAUAUAAGUUAAUAUUUCUGUUUACAUUUUUUAUUUGCAGUUUAAUUAGUUCAUUUGUUAUCUGUUUUAUUUUUUUAUUUUGGCAGCUUUCGUCCUCCGUAUUUGCCCGACCAGAUAUGUUCAUUUUCACACUGUACCAUGUCUCUGCUCUGUAUGAACUAUAAAAACGAAUCCAUGGGAUCCGGAUUUUUUCAACGUGUUUUAAACAAUUAAUAAUAAAGGACAAUAUUUCCUCAUCAGGCGUUUCAAACUCUCCAAAAUAAAGUGUGAAAUAUAAUAAUGAAAUACGGGACAACUUAGAGCGUGAAGCAGAAUAAUGUGAACACGUUUAUCAAACUCUUUAUUCUCAGAUGAAAACAGAGACUCUGUUUCAGCCGCCAGCGCCUUAACUUUGCUACCAACCUCUUCCUCCUCAUCCUCCUCUUCCUCCUGGAUUCAAACACUGAUGGACGGACGGUUUCCUCUUUAUGGGGUGCAAAUGAUAAUCGUCUGUAAACCUUUGUGUAGCAUCGGAGCAGAAGAGGAACGUCAGCAGAAACAUCUGGAACCUCACCGGGUUUCCUCUGAGUUUAACACGCCAUAAAACACGGGUUUAAAGUCAGAUCUCUAAUUCUGAAAACAACAUAUGAACUCCACAUUCAAAGGAAUACAGUUUAGAAUCAACAUGAACAACAGAGACUGGGUUUAGUGCCAUUUGGAGCACAUUUAAAGGUCUUUAGCGAUCUUAAAACGGGGCAAAGUCUGGAUGUAAAAUACGUUUUAUUUGGUCUUAUAAAAUGCUACCUGGUGCAUGGGUGUGUAAAUGUCGAAUUGGAGAAGAGAGGGUUGCAUAUAUUUAAAAGUGUGUUCAAAAAGGUCUGCAGAAUUUGAAAUAUUUAGAAAAUGUCUCUAUCAUUUGAUAAAAAAGCUCAAAUAUAUAUUUGGGAAAAGUCUAAAUUUACUGAGCAAAAAGUGAAGAAUAUUUUGAAAAGAAAAGUCUUAAUAUUCAGAGGAAAAAAAGGGAACAAUUAUGAAAAAAAAAGUGAAUACAAAAUGUAGGUACACACUCACCUGAUGCACGCUCACAAGUCCAUCACUACACUGCAGGUACACACACACACACACACCUGAUGCACGCUCACAAGUCCAUCACCACACUGCAGGUACCCACACACACACUCACAAGUCCAUCACCACACUGCAGGUACACACACACACACUCACCUGAUGCAUGCUCACAAGUCCAUCACCACACACACACACCUGAUGCACGCUCACAAGUCCAUCACCACACUGCAGGUACACACACACACACCUGAUGCACGCUCACAAGUCCAUCACUACACUGCAGGUACACACACACACACACACCUGAUGCACGCUCACAAGUCCAUCACUACACUACAGGUACACACACACACACUUUUUCACAAUUAAGAGAAAAAAAGUGAAUAAUUUUAUACCUAAAGCUUAAAAAUUGUCCGAAAAUUCAAAAUUUGGUACAAAAUCUACUACUUACUAAAUUUCCUGAAAAACAAAAAAGAUGUAAUAUUUUGGUUUAAAAAGUCUGAAUAAUUUGAGACAUAAAUAUUUUAUUUGUAAUCGGAGUUAUUCAGGUGAGGCGGUCGCUAAGCCUGAUACGGUCUUAAUUGGAAGGAAAAUGUUUACCUAUAUAAUUGAUUUGAAUCAGUUAUCUCAAUUAUUUUCCCCCAAAAUCCUGACAUGUUUCUUGAAAUUCUGUCUUUUUCCUCAAAAUUUUAAAAUUCUGACUUUUCCCUCAAAAUGUUAAAAUUCUGACUUUUCCCUCAAAAUGUAAAAAUUCUGACUUUUCCCUCAAAAUUCAGAAUAUAUUUUCCACUACAUCGUAAUUAUUUACUCUUAAUUAAACGAGCAUAAUGAACCCAGAGGAAACUCCGUCCUCUCUCUCUCUCUCUGAUCAUCGCCUUUACAACCCGCCGACUUUCUACGAGAUGUUUUAAAAUAUUGUAAAUGAAGUUAAAACGAACAUUAUAUUUUAUAGAAACGAAGAGACUGCGACGUUUAUUGUGUUUUGUUCGAUAACGAUGUACAGAUGUUUUACUUUUUUUGUAAUGUUUCUGAUGUUGUUGAUUCUGAUUCAUCAAAACACAAACUAAUGCUCACUUUUGACCUUUUUAUUGGAUAAUAAAAUCUGAAUUUAGUGAAAAAGACUCCAAUUAAAAGUAAUUAAAAUAUAAUCCUUUAGUUAAAUGUAUUUGGGAUGUUUACAUUAGUCUGAUCAAAACAACUCAUUUCAGUCGUGGCAGAUCAGCUCCUGAUGAAACGAGGUUAUUAACAUUUUAUCUGUUCAGUAUUUCUGUGAUGUUUCAUAAUAAACGGUUGCAGUUUA